AUACCUAACUGGCUGUAGUGGGAUUUGGAAGGCUCGUUGAUUGGCGUGUACACCGUUCAUUGCCGCGCGCUUAUAUGACAUUGAAAUUUGAAUCAGAAAACUAUUAUUCUUUUAAUUAAUAACAAUUGUUUAUGGUAUUUUAAAAGAGUUUCUCAUUUCUGAAAAGUAGAUCCUGUGUAUUAUCAGCAAUUUUAUAAUUUUGCAUGGGUAAUGGACCAAAGAUUCUUGAUCAGCUGCACCUGCCUGCGCAGUGGGUAGUCAGGUUAUUCUGUGUAAACAAAUGUUGGGCAUCCUGAGUAAUUAGCAUCAAGUAAAUUGUAUUAUUAUUGCUGUUAUUAGUAAUUAGACAAUUUAUAAAUUAAUGAAAACAAUGGAAGAAGUAAGUUCUUUUAUUUACGUGAAUAUGUCAUAACUAUGAUUCUGGAUACUACGAAAAAUACUAGUUUUGUAGACCUAACCUAACAAUGGAGCUGAGAGAAAAAAUUGAUCAAGCUUGUCGCACAGCCGAGGAAUUUACUAAAGUUUAUUAUGAGAGUUUGGAUAAACGAAGACAUCUGAUUUCCAAACUUUAUCUCGACACGGCAACGAUGGUGUGGAAUGGAAACGGAAUCGAAGGAAAGGAUCAAAUUCAGAAAUUUUGGAUAGAAUUGCCAUCUUCAGAUCAUUCUAUUAUUACUCUGGAUGCUCAGCCGAUUACCGGACCUGCGGUAGCAAAUCAACUAACAUUCCUCGUCAAAGUCAGUGGACAAGCAAAGUACCAAGACAAGACGCCCAAACCUUUUAAUCAAAACUUUUUAAUAACCGCUAUAGGGGAUAAAUGGAAGAUUGUAAGCGAUUGCUUCAGGAUGCAAGAAGUAAUAGAUACUUAAAAUAAUCAUAGUAUUCGAUUUAGUUACGUGCAUUGACCAUUUUGUAUCACUUCACUUAUAAUGAUGUAUAACUUCAGGAGUUACAUUUUUUUAAAUUCUUCUACUUGAAUGCGAUUAUCUUUUGAUAUUAAUGCGAAAUAAAGUUAUAAAAAGUCUUUGUA